AUGGUCGCCGUCACCAGCGAGUCCACCGAUCUGAUCGCUCGCGUUUCCGAGUACGUGGAGGAUGCGAGCCAACUGGAACGCAUCAGGUCGGCCUACGACUUCGCGGACCGGUGUCACGAUGGGCAGAUGCGGCGGUCCGGCGACCCUUAUAUCGUGCACCCACUGGCGGCCGCCACCAUCCUCGCCGACCUGUUCCUGGACCCCGACACCAUCAUGGCGGCCCUGCUGCACGACGUGGUGGAAGAUUGCGGCGUGGACGUGGACGAACUGAAGUCCCGCUUCGGGGCCAACGUGUCCCGCCUGGUUGACGGCGUCACCAAGCUGACCCGCGUCGACUAUCGGCCGCCUGAUGCAGAGGCCAAUGGCUCCGCGCCGAUGGAGAACCUGUACGCCGAAAGCCUGCGCAAGAUGCUGGUGGCCAUGGCCGAGGACAUCCGCGUGGUGCUCAUCAAGCUCGCCGACCGGCUCCACAACAUGCGCACGCUGGACGCACUCCCCGAAGAUAAGCGGCGGCGCAUUGCCCAGGAGACCCUGGACGUUUACUCUCCCCUGGCCCAUCGGCUAGGGAUUUGGGAGUUGAAGUGGCAGCUUGAUGACCUGGCCUUCCGGCACCUGAAUGAAACCCGCUACCGGGAGAUUUCCCGGAUGCUGGCGGUACGCAGGUCCCAGCGCGAGGCCUACGUGGCCGACGUUGCAGAUCGGCUGAAGGCUGAGUUGGCGGACAAUCUCCUCCGCGCGGACGUGAACGGCCGGCCCAAGGGUAUCUACUCCAUACACAACAAGAUCGAGAAGUACGCGGCCGAGGGCAAGGAACUCAGCGACAUCUACGACCUGUACGCCCUCCGCGUCGUCGUCGACGAGAUGGCCGAUUGCUACACCGCCCUGGGUAUCGCCCACCGCAUGUGGAGCCCGAUCCCCGGCCAGUUCGACGACUACAUUGCCACGCCGAAGAAGAACAUGUACCAGGCGCUGCACACCACCGUGCUGUGCGAAGGCGGGCACCCGCUGGAAGUGCAGAUCAAGACCCGCGAUAUGCACCAGGUGGCGGAAUAUGGCGUGGCCGCCCACUGGCGAUACAAGGAGCGGGGCGGUUCGCCCGGAGGAAACGCCACCUUUGAGGAGCGGAUGACCGGGCUGCGCCAGCUGCUGGAAUGGCAGAGGGAAACACCGGACACCGAUGAGUUCCUGGAGCGGGUCCGCGAAGACCUGUUCCAUGACCAGGUAUUCGUCUACACCCCCAAGGGCGAUAUCAUGGAGAUGGCCGCGGGCGCCACGCCCAUCGACUUCGCCUACAAGAUCCAUACCGACCUGGGCCACCGCAUCUCCGGCGCCAAGGUGAACGGCAAGCUGAUGUCGUUGGACACGCCCCUGCAUAACGGCGACACCGUGGAGGUGGUUGCCGGAAAGACCGGGCGCGGGCCCUCACCGGACUGGCUGAACCCGGCGCGCGGAUACGUGGCGACCAACGGUACGCGUCAGAAAAUUCGCUCGUGGUUCAACCGGCAGGCCCGGAGCGCCAAUAUCAGCCGGGGACGCGAGCUCCUCCGGCGCGAACUGCGACGGAUGGGCGUCAGGAUGUCCGACCGCGCGGUCAUCGAGGGGUGCCGCUACGAGACCAUGGAGGACCUCCUGGCCGCCCUGGGUUCCGGCGAGCUCAGCGACUCCGCUCUCUCCGCGCGGUUGAGUCAGCACCGCAACGAGGAGAUCGACGAGACGUCCUGGAUGCCCAAGCUCCGGGGAUCGACGUCGCUGUCCAGCCCGUCGUCCGGCAUAACCGUGCUGGGCGUGGGUGACCUAUUGACCAGCAUCGCCCGCUGCUGCAAUCCCAUCCAGGGCGAUCCGAUCAUCGGCUUCGUCACGCGCUCCCGUGGUGUCAGCGUGCACAAGGGAGGCUGCAUCAACGUGCUCAACGAGGACGAGCAGGAGCGGCUGGUUCCGGUUUCGUGGGGGCAGAAGCGGGAACUGUAUCCGGUCCGCAUCCGCAUUGAGGCCAUGGACCGGGUGGGCCUGCUGCGUGACGUUACCAUCAAGGUCUCGGACGACAAGAUCAACAUCGCCUGGGCCGUGACCCGCGAGAAUGACGAUGCCACGGUCAGCAUGGAGUUCACCAUCCACGUGAAGGACCUCGAGGAGCUGAACCGGGUGUUCUCCCGCAUCGAGGGGAUACGCGGGGUCACCUCGGUGAACCGCGUCACCAGUAGUCCCCUGAGGCAGACCGAGCGCUGA